CUGGGGGUGGUGUUGGAGUAGGGAAUGUGGUUCCGGUUGAAGUUUAUUAUUGGAGUCGGAAGCUUGGAGUUUGAGUGUGAGGAUAAGCAUCUUUUUUUUAAAAGGACAACUCUUGUUCAUAGUACUAUGCCCUCAAACACAAUAGAUUUUGUUGUAUUGUUUGCAGUUGUUUGAUUGGGGUUGUUGUCUUUCUUAAAGUUGAUGGAUACGGUCUUAUAAUGACGAUUUGAAAUGUGAGAAAUGUGUUAAAGCUGCUGGCAUGGAAAUGGACUACUUAGCACUAGAGUAAACCAGAUUGCCAUUGCAAAAGCCAAAGUGGAUUUUCUCAGUGCAACGUGCCUACCCCCUUCUGUCUCCAGCAAUGGCAUGGACAGAAGAGGGGUUGGCGAGAUGGAAGAUGAAUUUGUGGUUAUAUCACUUUCUGCACCAAGCCCGCAGAGUGAAGCUGUGACCAGUGAGCUCCAAGAACUUAGUUUGCAGCCGGAUAUGAAUCUGCCGACACUGAGUGAAAGAAAAAAUGUGCUUCAGCUGAAGCUUCAACAGAGGAGGACAAGAGAGGAGCUGGUCAGCCAGGGGAUCAUGCCACCAUUGAAAAGCCCAGCUGCAUUUCAUGAACAGAGAAAAAGCCUGGAACGUGCUCGGACUGAGGAUUACCUGAAAAGAAAAAUCCGUUCAAGACCUGAGCGUUCUGAGCUAGUUCGGAUGCAUAUUUUAGAAGAGACUUCUGCGGAACCAUCUCUUCAGGCUAAACAGUUGAAGCUGAAAAGAGCACGGUUAGCAGAUGACUUGAAUGAGAAGAUAGCGCAGCGUCCUGGCCCAAUGGAGCUCAUUGAAAAAAACAUUCUGCCUGUGGAGUCGAGCCUGAAGGAAGUAAUCAUCGGACACACAGCAUACCCAAAAGAUGCUGAUAAUUCGUCAUUUGAUGAAGAUAGUAGUGAUGCUCUUUCUCCGGAUCAGCCAGGCAGUCAAGAGUCACAGGGAUCGUUACCAUCACCAGUAGAGCAGAAGCCCAUUGACCAUACCAUAGUGUGCAUCCAUGCACCAGCUCAGAUUUUGGCUCCAAAGAAAUCUGGCAUAGAGUGCAGCAAAUCACUUCCUUCUGAGCCUCAGCCUUCCAGACCCCCUCCAAAUGAAGUUAUACCUCCAACAAAACCAACCCCAGCACUUAUUAAACAAAGCCAGCCAAAGUCCAGUAGUGACAAAUCACAACGAAGUAAGAAGGCAAAAGAUUCCAAACCCAAGGUGAAGAAGUUGAAGUACCAUCAGUACAUUCCCCCUGAUCAGAAGCAGGAAAAAGGUGUAUCACUAAUGGACUCAUCAUAUGCUAAAAUAUUGCAGCAGCAACAGCUGUUCUUGCAGUUGCAGAUCCUCAGUCAGCAGCAGCAUCAUCAUUAUAACUACCAGACCAUUCUGCCUGCACCUCCAAAACCCCCAGAUCAUCAGCAACAAAACUCCAGCAGCACAGGGACAUCACGGAACCUGUCAAACAGCAGCACUUCUACUUCAGGCCAUGGUGGGCUAGUCAGGCAGAACAGUAGUGCCCCAAGUGGAAAACCAAGUUUUUUACCGGCUAAUCUUGACGACAUGAAGGUGGCAGAGUUGAAGCAAGAGUUGAAACUUAGAGGUCUUCCUGUUUCAGGAACUAAAACAGACUUAAUUGAAAGACUCAAAAAUUACCAGGAACAGAAUGGAGCAUCAAGUGUCAUACCCGAUACUAGUGUCACCACUUCAAAGUCAGGCGCAUCUACUGCUGUCUCAAAAAGUAAUGAGGUCGUCGUUACUUUUCCAGCCACACGUUUGCCUCCCACACAGACUUUGGUUGCAAGUGUAGCACCUGCAGACGUUUUAAUGGCCACUGUAAGGGGCAACACUUUAAUGACAUUUGGAAGCACAAGUUCUACUCCCCCAGUAUCUCCGACUCCUUCAGAACCUUCAUUUGUUAGUGUAGAUGAUAGCAUGUCUAAUGAUGCUUUCAGUGAAAUAGUGACAUCACCUUUGACGCAUUUAACUUUACAAUCCUCACCAGUACAGAUAUUAGUUAAAGAAGAAAACAGUAAAUCUGGUAACAGAUCGUGUGCUGCUCCACCUGGAAUUGUCAUGACUCAAAAAACUGAAAGGAACAGCUUUGUCAUGGAUAAUGAAGUUAAGAACAAAGAUCUCAUGCUUCAAGAAAAAGAUAAGCAGAUUGAGGAGUUAACACGAAUGUUAAAACAAAAACAGCAGUUGGUUGAGUCAUUACGAAUGCAGCUUGAGCAAGAAAAGUUGUCUCAGCAUCAAGGAAAUGGUGUUCCCAAUAGUGAUAAUGAACAGCAUGCCUUAAAUGUUCAGGUCAAGCAAGAAGGUAGGAUUUCAAAUAACUGUGCAGUAGAGCAAAAAAGUUUGCCCUCAAAAAGCCAAGGUUUGUCAUCCAUUAGCCAACUGAAUGGCCUCAGCCCCUCAAUAGCUAUGAAAAUAAGCAACCAAAAGGACAAUUUAAAGUUAAACAAGACAGCAACAAAUGCUGUAAUUGUGAAGCAAGAGGCAAAAGAAACCACAGAACUAUCAGCACAGCAAAUUACAUCUGUCUCUCAGAUUUUUGUAAGCCAUGGCCCACCAUUCCAGACCAACAGUAUAGAUGCAAGUAAGAUACUUAAAAGUCCACCACCAUCUUUAAUCACAGACUCUACUGGGACACAUUUUGUCCUCAGGGUGACUAAUCAAAAUGCAGAAAUUCGCAACCUGUCACAACCCACAGAUGGUGGCAGUCGUGCUGUUUUACAGAGAGUACAGUCUUCUCCCACAAAACUUUCUGAUCAGUCACAGCUCCAUUUCUUAGCAAAUGACUUUCAUUCAAAGCAGGAGCUACAGCAGGGACUGAUAAACCAGCCAGUGAGAAAGGGACAAAAGUCCGGGUUACACCUAGUUACCGCAGCUUCUCCUGCUGCAGGUCUCCCUUUUUCAGCGCCUCCAAGCCUCCAGCCUUUCUUUCUAGACAAUGUGUCCGAUAUGUCUGACAGCUCUGUGAAAACUAAUGCUCCAAACAAAAAUGAAAAAUUCUGCCCUGCACAGAAGCAUGUGUCCCAGCCUAGUUCACCAGCUCAACCUACGCAAAUGAACCAUGAGCAACAGCUCACUCUUUUUGGCACCUCUUCUUCGUCGCCAGUUAAACCAAAAGAUCCACCAAAUUAUGAAGAAGCUGUGAGACAGAAACCAUGCAUUCGGGAGCAGAAGAACAAAGAGGAACAUAAUUGUUGCUGCCAGCAGAUGGAUGACUUGUUUGAUAUACUUAUUCAAAGUGGUGAAAUUUCAGCUGACUUCAGUGAAGAGUCUUUAGAAGCCAUGAAAGCACUUUUACCACAGUGCAGAAAUCCAUCUGAUGCAGAAGUGACAUCAGUGUCAGCCUCCCAUGGCUGUCCUGAUUUACAGUUGAACCUAUCUGUAGACUCUGUUAGUAGCAAGUCAAAAUCUACACCAGGACGUCUGGAAGAUUUUUUGGAAAGCACCACUGGUGUUCCUUUGCUAACUGCUGGCAGUGAUGGUACAGAGCCUCUUUCUCUUAUCGAUGACCUUCAUAGUGAAAUGUUAAGUAGUUCCAGCAUACUAGACCAUCCACCAUCUCCAAUGGACACUUCAGAAUUGCACUUUUCUUCCGAAACCACUGGUUUAACCCUUGAUCUUGCAGAUACAAACUUGGACAAUAUGGAUUGGUUUGAGUUUACUAGUGGUUCCUCCAUGAGUUUGCCCCCCAUGAAUACCACUACACCCAGUGUCUUUUCCACUGACUUUCUGGAUGGCUCUGACCUGCAGCUCCAGUGGGAUUCAUGUUUGUAGCCCAAAGUAAAAAAAAAAAAAAAAUUGUUGCUGAGAAGUACCCAGAAGUGUACAAAUGAGUGAUGGGAUAGAAUGGGAAAAGGAUAUGUGAAACAGGUAGUACUUACUGGUAUGGUGCUGUUUAGCCAUCCACCUUUAACAAGCCCAGUUAAUAGCUUGCCAUAGUGCCUGUGUAUAUGAAGACAUGCAAUCUACUAGAAAGUCUUACAAAACAUGCAUUGUAGAUAAAGUUCAUGUAAUCUUUUUGUGUUGCUGUUACAGCUGUAUAAUUAGUACAGUUCAUCGUAGCAUUGUGGCUGCUGAUAAAGCAUGUUGUCUUUCCACUACAGCCAGAUUACAUCUCUGAAACUCAGUGUUUCUCUGUAGUGUAGGCUUCUUUCAAAUGGAGAGAAGCUGGGUAAGGAGAUGGCUUGCACAACUUUAACAUUGUGAUUGGCUUAAUUUGCCAUAGUGCACAUCAUAUCUUUACAGAAACCGAGAGAUGGUAUUUUAAAAAAAAUAGCAGGCAUGAUGACACUUGGUUGGGUGGAGCAGUCUAGGCCGAAUCCGUAGAGCUGCCUGUUUUGUAGUUGUCACUCUAUUUUGUACUGUUUUAAAACAAGCAGCACAGUAAUUUUUCUGAAACUGAUCUUUUGGUUAUUGAACAUAUCUCCAGUUACAGAUUAGGACUUAAUUAACUUUUACCACUGUCAUUGCUGUGUCAGAUUUGAGUUGCAAAUCCAGGAAAUUAGAUUCAACAUAAGAAAUUGCAUGCCCUUCCUAAACUGUAGUUGGCAAGUGUGAUGUAAUGAAGUAUCAGCAUCAGAUGUAAUUGUAUUGCUGCUGUUUUUCUAAUGUGAAUAAUCUGUACAGCUGCCACCACCACCACCCACUUCAGAAUGUUUUUGCUGUAGUCAAGAACGUACAAGAUCCUGAAGGACAGUGUGUUUCUAGCUACUUAAAAGCUGACAGUAUGUCUGAAUGCAGAAAAAUACCACCAGUAUCCAUUCUAAGCACUACAUGACACAGAAGUCUUGCAGUACUUUUUACACCAUCUAAGAAUGAUUUAUUUUUUACAUCAGUGGUACGGUGCCUUAUCUGAAUGGAUGUAACUUGAAAAGAUGAAAGUAAGCUUGCUACAUAUCAGUGUCACUUUCUAAAGCCUAACAGUAGUGCUAUGGAAGAGUUGCUAUUGCAUAGAAAGUGUAAAAUAUGGUUUACUUGUAGUAGAAGUGUUCUUUUCCAUAAGACCUGCAUUUUGGUGUAGAUACUAGUGGCUUAAGGAAGUUAACAUGAAAUCUUGGUAUUAAUUAUCAAGGGUUUGGUGUGAUAACAUGCAGUAUAUAUCCAUAGAAAAGAGAGCAGUGUUCGACACGGUAUCAAAUAGGAACUGCAACUGCGACAUGAAGAAUACUGCACAGCACCGUAAAAGAUAAACGGUAUCUUCCUCUUUAAACAGGUUAAACAGACAGGUUAAUCUGAAAGCAUGUUGUCUGAAAAAAAAACUGCUACAUAUGACACCACGAUCUUUAUGGAAAUGAUUCCAGAUGUCAUUUUGGUUAGUCUAGGUGCAAGCCUUUGAAGCCUCAGAAUUGCAAAAUUAGAUAUUCAAAGAAAAUGGCACAGUUAAUAGCCAUGAUGAUUACUCAUAGUUUAGGAUCUGAUUUAUAGUUACUGUCCAGUUAUGUUAACAUAAUUUUUUGUUUUAAAAACAUAAACAUUUUAAGCAACUCUAAACAUUUUAUUUGUUGCGUUUUGUUGGUCUGCAAGUUUCGAUGAGCAGCUAAUGUAAGUUGUCAUUGAACAUCUUAAUGCCUGUUGAAUGCAUUAGCACACAGAGUCAAGCAUGUUGUCUGUCCCACCAUUGGCAUAGAUUCAGAAACAAGCCUGGAUUGCCCGAAAGUUCAGCUGGAAGGGAUAAAGUAAAGCAUAUGAUGGCCUGCUAUCUAGUCCUGCUGGGCCAGUUUGCUUAUUAGGAGUGUUCUUGUGGUCCCUGGUGAGAAUCUGGAGCCUAGCAACAGCAUUAUAAAACAGAGAAAGUGGUAUGACCUACAGAAGUGCACUUCAUUCUCAACCUCUAGGUCAGGGAAAUUGACCAUGGUAUCCUUCAGGAGGAAAGCUUUCUGCUACUGUACCCACACCUGUCUAGGAGCCCUACUCCCUGACUUUUACCAUAUAAAAGUUAAGGUUCAGUUCCCUAAAAAUGUUAAAAGGCCUACCUCAAAAAUAGUUAAGUAGGAGAUCAGCUGUAAAGGAGCAAUUGGGAUUCCUUGUAUGUGGAAUUGAGGGGCUGAAAAGCCUAAUUGUCUUUGGGGAAGAAGUCUAAUGGUGUGUGUUUAU